AACAACUUCAUCAAGGACUUCCCUCAGCUGGCCGAUGGGCUGUUGGUGAUCCCACUGCCGGUGGAGGAGCAGUGCCGGGGGGUCCUCUCGGAGCCCCUCCCGGACCUCCAGCUGCUCACUGGGGACGUCAGGUAUGACGAGGCCAUGGGUUACCCUAUGGUGCAGCAAUGGCGGGUCCGAAGCAACCUCUAUCGUGUGAAGCUCAGCACCAUCACUCUCUCAGCAGGCUUCAACAACGUCCUCAAGAUCCUGACCAGGGAGAGCAGUCGGGAGGAGCUGCUGUCCUUCAUUCAGCACUACGGCUCCCACUACAUUGCUGAGGCCCUCUAUGGCUCCGAGCUCACCUGCAUCAUCCACUUCCCCAGCAAGAAGGUCCAGCAACAGCUGUGGCUCCAGUAUCAGAAAGAGACCACAGAGCUGGGCAGCAAGAAGGAACUCAGGUCCAUGCCCUUCAUCACCUACCUCUCAGGUCUGCUGACGGCCCAAAUGCUGUCAGAUGACCAGCUCAUCUCAGGUGUGGAGAUCCGCUGUGAGGAAAAAGGCCGUUGUCCAUCUACCUGCCACCUUUGCCGCCGACCGGGCAAGGAGCAGCUGAGCCCCACACCAGUGCUGCUGGAAAUCAACCAUGUGGUACCACUUUAUACACUCAUCCAAGACAAUGGUACCAAGGAGGCCUUCAAGAGUGCACUGAUGAGCUCCUACUGGUGCUCAGGGAAAGGGGACGUGAUCGAUGACUGGUGCAGAUGUGACCUCAGCGCCUUUGAUGCCAGUGGGCUCCCCAAUUGCAGCCCCCUCCCACAGCCAGUGCUUCGUCUGUCCCCAACAGUAGAGCCCUCCAGCACAGUGGUCUCCUUGGAGUGGGUGGAUGUUCAGCCAGCUAUUGGGACCAAGGUCUCCGACUAUAUUCUGCAGCACAAGAAAGUGGAUGAAUACACAGAUACGGACCUCUACACAGGAGAGUUCCUGAGUUUUGCUGAUGACUUACUCUCUGGCCUGGGCACAUCUUGUGUGGCAGCUGGUCGAAGCCAUGGAGAGGUCCCUGAAGUCAGUAUCUACUCCGUCAUCUUCAAGUGUCUGGAGCCUGACGGUCUCUACAAGUUCACUUUGUAUGCUGUGGAUACACGAGGGAGGCACUCAGAGCUCAGCACAGUGACCCUGAGAACGGCCUGUCCGCUGGUGGAUGACAACAAGGCAGAAGAGAUAGCAGACAAGAUCUACAAUCUGUACAAUGGGUACACAAGUGGCAAGGAGCAGCAGACUGCCUACAACACGCUGAUGGAAGUCUCAGCCUCAAUGCUGUUCCGAGUCCAGCAUCACUACAACUCUCACUAUGAGAAGUUUGGCGACUUUGUCUGGAGAAGUGAGGAUGAGCUGGGGCCCAGGAGCUGGACAACUGGAAGACUCUACACUGUCCAAGAAGCAGGUGGGAGAUAUUAG